GUCCUCCUCAGUUAGGGAGCUGGCUGGCUUUCAGGCCGUAGGGAUCAGUUGGGUGAAGAUUGCAGCACUGUCUGAGCGGCAAACCAACACCUCUUGACUAAAGGGGAAACCAGUCCCAUCAAACCUAUCUGGGAAUUUCUGUGACUGGUAGGUGGAGGACCGAGCAACUCCAUCAGGAGGUGAUGGAAACCUCUUCUUGGUCCUGUCCUGAGCCCUGGCCUCUGCAAAUCCAGAGCUCAGCUUCUUGAAAUCCACCCCACAGACCUCUAAGGCAAGGGGCAUUCCGCACUAGGCUUCAUAAAAGGGGGAAACUGAGGCAUAAACGUGGCUUAAACGCAACUGCCAGGAGGAACCACAACCAGGGCCUGGAUGAGGUCAGAGAACACGGUUUAAAUCAGGUCACUGCUUGAUAUUUAUUGUGUGGAGUUUUCUUUUUUCUUUGCUCCUGCACUGAAAUCCUUCCCCAGAGGCUAUUCAAGGAAAUAAAUAGCCAGUGGAAAGGGACAAUAGCUUGCUGUGGAGUACAAAUUAUAUGAAGCAGUAGGAAAUAAUAGCAGAGUGAGCAGCUGCUACUCUGAGAAAGAAUGCAUGGUUGGUCUCUCCAGCUCCCUUUGCCUUGAGCAGACAUCGAUGCCCAGUCCAUGGCACAGGCUCCCUGGUGCCUUGAGUGCAAAAUGGGACAGGCGCCUUUUCCCCUCUGCAGUGUCCUCCUCCGGUGCUGCUGCUUUGCUGUCUAAUUAGCACCGAGCUGAAACCGCAGCCAUCUGUGGGGGGUGCUAAGGGGAUCUCUCUGCUCUUCUUGCAGAGCUUAGUUUGACGCGGGGGCAGCGGCACAUGCAUCCAUGCACCCAGUGUGGCCACUUCACCUUCCCCUCUUCCCUUCUGGACUGAGCGUCCAUGUGUGGUGAUGACCCGUGUCACUUCUGCAAGGGACUCGUGUCGUCUAGAGGGGACGUGUUGUCUGCCCUCUCCUCUGAGGGCCUUCGAGCCCUUCCUCAGAGCACUGCGGGGAAGGAUGGUGGGGACCUUCCCGGUGAGGAUUUUGGGGGCUGCCCCCUGCUACAAAAGGCCCUGAGAAACCUCUCACAGCUGGGGCAGUUGGGCUACCUUGGCUGGGAAGUGGGGAAGCCUGUGGUUUUCCUCAGGGCUUCACACCUAGCUGGCUUAUCUCCUGCCCGAGUAAGAAAACAAAAUAAAUACUGCUGCCAGCAAUGAUGCUGCCGAGGAUCUUGGCAGCCUGCUGGGGAGGGUGGCAUUCAGUCUGUUCUCAACAGCUGUGUGGGUGCCCUGUGGUAGAGGUGGCAGCUCUAGGCUAUGGUAUAUGAGGUGCUGCUGCCCGGAGCCACCUGAGGGUCCUGAGAUCCCAUGGGUGCUCCUGGUGGCCUGAGGUUUCCCCAGGACUAGCAGGAAGGUUGGGAAGGACUGUUAAGCCCAAAACCUACCUUAUGGAACCUCUGCAGAUGGAGAUGCCACAUUUCAUGGGGUGAAAGCACUCUGCAGAGGAACUGCCCUGCCACCCUUCUGGCUGAAAGCUGACAUGGUUGCACUGGUCUCUUCCCUCCUUAAAAGAUGAUUUUUUUUUUUGUUUGUUUGUUUGUUUUCUUCAUGUAAAAUUGCAGGCCUGCCUGCUCCCUGGUGGAAGAUCGCCUUGCCCUCGGGUUGGGCAUGGCCCCCACCCUUGUGCCAGUGACUGCUCGUCGGGUCUCUGCUGUCCCAAGGCACCCUCCAGGAACGCAGCAAAGCCUCCUCCGCUGCCAGCGGUGUGAACAUGGGUGUCCCACACCAGUACAGGCCAACUGACUGACCUCUGGCCAGGAGGAACAUCUGUAUAGGUCCCUGGACAGGCACUCCCAGACAGGAAACAUUUGAAAUCUUCAACCUAGAUAUGAAGACUGGGGACACCCUGAAGAUCAAGGGCAAGGUAUCACAUGAUGCUGACACCUUCAGCAUCAAUCUUGGCUACAGCUUCUCGGACCUGGCACUUCACUUCAAUCCCCGCUUCCAUGAGUCUGUCAUCGUCUGCAACUCCAGGUGCUCCGAUGCCUGGCAGGCAGAGCACCGUGAUAACCACCUCUGUUUCUCCAAGGGCUCCACUAUCAAGCUCAUCAUUGAAAUGCUGGCAGACAAAUUCCAAGUGAAGCUACAGGAUGGGCAUAAAGUGGAGUUCCCCAAUCGACACGGCUACAAGAAGAUCAGCUACAUGAGCGUCAAGGGAGGCUUUAGAGUCACCUCCUUCAAGCUGGACUGAUGAGUGUCACUUCCUAGCUGUAAUAAAAACCAAGCAGUGGGAGACUGCUUGCUCCA